AUGCAUGGCUAUGGUAGGAACAGAGGUUGCAACCUCCAGGAUCAGUCGUUAACUUUAACUGGCCCAACUCGUGGACUCGUGUUACUAGAUGGUAUAUAUAUUGAGGUAGAUCUUAAUAUCAUCGACGAGCAAGGGAAGAAAGACCCAAAACUUAGCAAGGGACUGUGUACAAUCGAUGGCAUAUUGAGGGGAGCGUGGGAAGAUAGUCAUGUUGGUUGUGCCGACCUUGAUAGCAGGCUGAGCAACCUGGAGGUGAAAUUUGCAGUGGAGGCUACCUUUGAAAUCAGGGUUCUCAAUGGAGAUUUCUGUGGAGAAAUCACAGCUUGCACCUCCAGCAUUCAGGAUCAUCUUGUGCUCCAUGAUAGCAAAACAGGUGGUGUUAUCUGUGAUGGUAGUGGAAUACUCCAGUUGUGGCGCCGUGUAGUAACUGUUGGCUUAGAGGAGACACUUUUGUUAAUGAUUGCUACACAGGCUUGUGAUGUUUCAACUGCCUCGGCCACACGGACUCUUGUUUUUACUCCAGAAGUCAACGGUUCAACGGAAGGGGAAAUCACUGUUGGUGCUGUUACAUUUUUCAUCAAGGUCAACUGGUCAUUUGAUUAUAUCAAUGCAAACUUUGAUGUGCCUCUACUUAAUCGAGCUAUGUAAUAAUGGUCACUAAUGUGUCUCCUCUUGGAGCUAAGUAGUGUGUGCGAGAGAUGUUACUUGAGUUGUAGAUUCUGUUGUCAGUGGUAAAUUGACAAUGUAGAGGUUGCUAAUGUACCUUGUCAUGCAACUAAGUUGGU